CAAGGAGUGUGACUUCCUAGCGUCUAACGUUGCCGUGGGAGUGGGCUGGCUCCUGGACCACUCCGCUCAGCUGUGUUUGCCGAGCCACAAGUUAGCCUAGCCCCGCGGCCCCCAGCAGCGGUGGGAUAUGUCGGGAAGUGGGUGCCAGGAGCCGGCGACGCGGCCCGGUAGACCGCCGGUGGGCAACCAAGUGACGGUGGUGCUGGGCGCACAGUGGGGUGACGAGGGGAAGGGCAAAGUUGUGGACCUGCUGGCUCAAGACGCCGACAUGGUGUGCAGAUGUCAGGGCGGGAACAACGCAGGACACACGGUGGUGGUGGACUCAGUGGAGUACGACUUUCACCUCCUCCCCAGCGGCAUCAUUCACCCCGAAGUCACCGCCUUCAUCGGUAACGGCGUCGUGAUCCACCUGCCGGGCCUGUUCGAAGAGGCCGCAAAGAACGAGCGCAAAGGCAAAAGUCUGAAGGACUGGGAGAAAAGGUUGAUCAUCUCGGACAGGGCGCACAUCGUGUUUGAUUUCCACCAAGCCGUGGAUGGCAUUCAGGAGCAGCUGAGGCAAGAGCAAGCAGGCAGGAAUCUGGGGACGACAAAGAAGGGCAUCGGUCCGGUGUAUUCCACCAAAGCGGCGCGCAGCGGCCUCAGGAUCUGCGACCUGCUGGCCGACUUCAAAGACUUCUCCGACAGGUAUAAAGUCUUGGCUCGGCGGUACCAAGCCAUGUACCCCAGUCUGCAUAUAGACAUGGAGGGUGAGCUGGUCAAAUUAAAGGCUUACGUGGAGCAGAUCAAGCCAAUGGUGAGGGAUGGCGUUCACUACAUGUACGAGGCUCUUCACGGGCCUCCAAAGAACAUCCUGGUGGAGGGAGCCAACGCGGCACUGCUGGACAUCGAUUUCGGGACGUAUCCGUUCGUGACAUCAUCCAACUGCACGGUGGGCGGGGUGUGCACGGGCCUCGGCAUGCCGCCGCAGAACGUCGGCGAGGUUUACGGCGUGGUCAAGGCCUACACCACCCGGGUGGGCAUCGGCGCCUUCCCCUCCGAGCAGAACAACGACGUCGGCGAGCUGCUGCAGACCCGCGGCAAGGAGGUCGGGGUGACCACGGGGAGGAAGCGGCGCUGCGGUUGGCUCGACCUGGUGCUCAUCAAAUACGCGCACAUGAUCAACGGCUUCACGGCUUUAGCACUCACCAAACUGGACAUACUUGACGUCCUCCCGGAGAUCAAAGUGGGGGUGGCAUAUAAAGUUGACGGCCAAAUGAUACCGCACUUCCCAGCCAAUCAGGAGGUGCUGCUGCACGUGGAGGUCCAAUACGAGACGCUGCCAGGCUGGAACAGUAACACGACGGCUGCCAGGAGCUUCGACGAUCUCCCGGAGAACGCCCGGAAAUACGUACGCUUCGUGGAGGAGCGCGUCGGCGUGCCCGUCAAAUGGAUCGGCGUGGGCAAGUCUCGGGAGUCCAUGAUCCAGCGCUUCUAGACGCCACCAAUAUCCUGUCAGCCUCUUCAACCGCGUGCGCACGCACGCGCACGCCCAGCCUGACUACCUGACAACCUGACUGGACUCUCUUGAUUUCUGACGCAACUGUCAGACAGGGAAGGCUUUUUAAACACUGUGCUGUCAGAAUUGCUUCCGUCCGGGAUGCGAAACCUCAUUCGCCGUUUGUACCAGACCCUCAAUAAGCUCCGCAUACACCAGCGCCAUUAACAAACCGAUCCACCCACGCUGUGCCUGUCUGCCGUCCUGUUUUUAAAAAAGAUGAUUCGUGUUCCAUUCUGUUCGUCAGCUGGACGGGUACUUUCUUGACUUAAUUAAAGGUAAAAGGGAUCUUUUCAUAUU